AUGUCACGUUCAAAGAUACCCGAUACGGAUCAUUUCAUCAGCAACACAGAUGCUGAUACUGGAGGACAACACGAGUCUGGCGACGAACAAGCUGUGCCUGAUAAUUAUGAACUGGAACAUUUGCGCAAAUUCCAGCCUUUUCUGGUUCGGGAGAAAUGUGAAGAACUGCUCAGAGAAGCAUUUGGAGGAAUAAAAUACGACCACGACAGGUGCCGUUCAAUCUCAGAGAACUUGAGAGCGAAAAUGCUGGAUCUCUUAAAAACGUUGUUCGACCGUUACCGGUUUAUAGUUCAAAUCGUAACAGGCGGGAAAGCUGGCCAAUCAGUGCUGACUAAUUUCGAGGCUGUGUGGGACACCGACUUCGACGAUUACUUCAUGAUUACCUACAAACAACAAGAUCUAUACGCCUUUGUAAUGAUUUUCGCGAUUUACUGA